AUGGUCGCGACGAGCGCGCGACCGCCGCUGCGCGCGCUGCAGCGGCACAGCGUCGACGCCGGCGACGGAGGCGCGCGUCCGACGACGACGACGACGACGCGCGACGUCGGCGUCGACGACGACGACGAAAAUGUCCCCCCGCUCGUUGCGGCCAGUCCGAAGCAUCAUGCGACGCUCCUCUCCCUCGCGAAGCCGUCCACGGCGUCGUCGCUCGCGGAGCGCAUCCUCGCGGACGCGACGUGGAGCGCGCCGCUCGUCGUCGCGGCGGCGAAGACGAAGUCCAAGGCGAGACGCUCNGGGAAGCCCGCGCCGCGGCCGAUAGGACGCCGCGCCGCGGCCGCGCGGCUCUCGUUCCGCACGUCCUCGGAUCUCAGCAGCGGAGACGACGAGAAUGCGCGCGACGCCGACGCCGACGCCGACGAGACGACGACGACGACGACCCGCGGCCGGUCGCUGACGCGACACACCGCGGCGUCGCGCGCGUGGCGUCGCGACUCCGCCUCCCCGGUCGCGAGGGGGAGCGCGGGCGGGUGGUCCUCGGACGACGACCGCGUCGCGAUCGAGCGACGCCCGGCGUGGCGGCCGGCGGGAGGCAACAAUAACGACGACGACGCCGCCGGAUACGCCGCUCGCGCGCGCCGGUCCUUCCGGUCGCGCUCGCCCCGCGCCCACGGCGGCGGCGCGUCCGAGUCAGAAGACGACGGCUCGUGGGCCGCCGCGGCGAUGAACCCGACGACCACGCCCGGGUCCGUCGAGGCGUGGGCGGCGGCCGCAGCGGAGGCGAUGAUGCGCGACGGCGCCGACGCGGAUUCGCCGGCGUCCGAGGCUGUCAUCCACCGUGGCGGCGGCGGCGGCGGCGGCGGGGGUCCCAUCCCCAAGACGAUGGCGAGGAGGGCGCUGAUGUCGAACGCCGCUAGGAGCGCGUCCGCGUCGCCGCGCGGCGGCGGCGGCGGCGGCGGCGGCGGUGGGUGCGGCAAGUGCGACGUCGUCCUCGGCGUCGCCGCCGCGGUGCAACAGCUGUGCGAGCUGAAGGACGUCGAGAUUGCAAAGUUGAAACGCGUCGUCGCGGCGGCGACCGCGGAGAAGAUCUCCGGCGCGAUCGAAGCCGCGAACGAGCUCGCGCGGAACGUCGACGGCGACGGCGAUGAAGAAGAAGCGGGCGAAGAGAAGGCGGACGACGACCUCCCGGACGCGGACGCCGCGGCGGGCGCGGGCGCGGGCGCGGCUUCUUCUUCUUCUUCUUCUUCGACGACGCUCGAACGCGACCGCGCGCGCGCGGCGCUCCGAGACGCGGAGAUGGAAAUCAACAAGCUCGAACGCGAGUUGCGUCUCGCCACCGGGGAGACGGAGGCGCAGCGCGCGGAACGCGACGAGAUCCUCGCGAAGCUCAGAGAAGCGCUCGACAAGGCGGAGGCGCGCGCGCGACGCGCGGAGGCGGAAGCGAUCGGCGCCGCGGAGGCGAAGACGACGCUCGAGAAGAAGCUAAACGCGCUCCAAGACGAGCUCGCGGCGUCCGCCAUAAACGCGCGAUACGCCGAGCGACGUGACGACGCCGAGCGCGCCACCGUCUCCUCCCUCGAGUCCGAGCUCGCGGAGGUAAAGCACGAGCUCCGCUGCGCCGUCGCCAAAUCGGAGGCGUGCGUCGCGAGCUACGUGGAGCGCGAGAGAGAACGCGACGCGGAGACGAGCCGCUCGGUGGUGGCCGCGGAGAAGGACGCGUGGGACGCGCGCGCGGAGGUUACGACGUUGAGGCUUCAGCUCAAGUCGAGCGAGCGCGCGCGCGUCGCCGCGGAGAAGCGCGAACGCGAGCUCGCGGAGGAGACGGAGGAGACGAAGCGGCAGGCGCAUCAGCUGAUGGGGGAGGCGGCGGACGCGAGGCACGACGCCGCGGACGCCGCCACGGCGGCGCGCGCGUCGGCGCGCGAGCUCGUCGCCGCGAAGGAUGAGCUCAUCCGCGUCAACGAAGACCUCGCGGCGGCGUGCGAGGAAAACGCGACGAUACGCGACGACCUCGCGGCGGUGGCGACGGCGGCGGCGAGAGAGGCGGAGGUGGCCGCCGCCGAGGAGAGGGAGAGGGAGAGGGAGAGAGAGAGGGAGACGGAGGAGGACCCGGACCCUGCGACGCCGGAGUGGAAGCGGGCGCGUCGCGCCGCGGAGGCGGAGACCGCCGCGCAGGCCACCGCGGAGCUGCAGCGGCGAUUGGACGACGCCAACGCGCGGCUCACGAAGCUCGCGACGACGAAGGAGUCCGCGGCGAGGACGCUGAAGAACGACCUGGACGUCGCGCGGAGGGCGAGCGAGGACGCGAUGGCCGCGGCGGCGCGCGCGGAGGCGGCGACGGCGGCGGCGCGCGCGGCGGAGGCGGCGGCGAAGCAGGACGCGGCGGCGUCGAAGCUGACGUCGAGAAAACUCCGCGACGAGCUCGACGCCGAGCGCGAGCGGUUCACCGCCGCGCUGCAGACGCACGAGGCGGACGCGGAGAAGAGCGUGGAGACGCUGAAGGACGUGGAAGCGAAGAUGAAACGGCUGGAGGAGCGGUCGCGCGCGGCGGAGCGCGCUCUGGAAGCGUCGAAGGAGAGGACGUCGACGCUCGAACGCGCGCUCGAAGAGACUUCCGCGGAGCUCGUCAUCUCGAGGGACCGCGCGUCGGCCGCCGCGGAGGACGCCGCGGACGCGCAGGCGCACGUCGCGGAGCUCAUGGGCGACGCGAUGCUCGGGAGGGACUUCUCCGCGUCGCCGCCGGCUGAUGACAGCGCGUCGCAGAAGACGAGAAGGACGGCGACGACGACGGCGACGACGACGACGCGCGACGCGUCCUCGAGUCCGCUCGCCGACGAGUUGGCCGCUUCUCCCGCGACACCGCGGACGCCGGAGACGCCGCGCGAGGUGCUCGCGAUGCGCGAAGAGCUCGAGCGCGCGCGCGCCGAGCUCGAGCGCGAGCGACGACGCGCGGAGGAGGCGAGGCUCGAGGCGGAGCAGGUGAAGGUGCUCGCGGCGGCGAUGACGCCGCGGCGGCGGCGGGGCGACGAGGGCGACGACGACGCCCCCAGCCCGUUUCGGAACGCCGCCGCGGCGGCGGCGGCGUCGCUGUCCACGUCCCUCGCGGACGCGGACGUCACGCUGCUGGUCAAGCCGCGCGUGUCGCUGACGUCGUCGUCGCACGCGACGCCGGAGAAGUCCACCGCGCUGACGAUGGAUCGGUCCGUCGUCGCGACAGAGCGCAGCUUUAGCUUUGCCGUCGGCGGCGGCGGCGGGAACGCGAACGCGAACGCGAACGCGAACGCGAACGCUUCCUCCCCGGCGCCGCCGCAGACGGAGGAGAAGGUGCGCCUGCGCCAGCGGCUCAUCGAGUCCGUGUACGAGAUCGAUAAGCUCCGCGCCAAGGUGAGCUCGCUCGAGUCCGAACGCGCGGAGUUGGAGGCGACCGUGCUCGACCUGGACGCCGCCGCCGCCGCCGCCGCCGCGGAGGACGAAGAGAAGUGGAGGUCGACGCGCCGAUCGACGUCGCCGCGGCACCGCGUCGGCGCCGACGCGGACGACACGUCACCCUCGCCCUCAAGCGGCGGUCCCGGCCGGACCCCGCCGCGAGUCCCGGAGUGGGAGAAGGACCGCGCGGAGCUCGUGAAGAAGAUGGCGGCGCAGGCGGAGACGAUCGCGAGGCUGAAAGCGGCGGCGAGACCAGCCGCGGUCGCGACGAACCUCGACGACGCGCUCGUGAUGGACGACGAUCGGGAGCGCGCCGAGGGUGUCGGGAGCGUCGCAGACGACACGCGGAUCGUCGAGUCCUGCGACGACGAAGAGGAGGACGACGCGACGCCGCUGUGCGCGGCGCUCGCGGCCGUGGACGCGACGACCGGGAGCCGCGUCGGCGGCGGCGAUUGCGUCGAUCGCGGCGGCGAUCGCGGCGACGGCAGCCCCUCGGGCACGUUCGCGACGCCGGACGGCGCCUCCGCGCUCGUCGCGAGCGUCGUCUCCUCUUCCGGGGGCGACGGUUUGAACACCGGCGGGAACGGGCGCGAGUGCGUGAACGAGACGACGACGGACGUCGACGGGUCGAACAGCUCGCUGCCGGACGCGGACGCGUGGCUGCGAACGGCGGAGCGAGCGGGACGGGUCGCGGUGGGACUGUCGCGGUUCGCGUCGCCGUCGCCGAAGAAUACUGCUACCGGCGGCGGCGGCGGCGGCGGGUCGAGCUCGAAGGCGUCCAAGUCCAAGUCGAGAUCGACGACGCCGGCGACGCCGCUGGAGAGGAGGGCGUUCUUGCGGUCGGCGAGCAAAGGUCUGCGCGUGACGAUCGAUGAGGACGACGACGAGAAGUAG